AUGUGGUCUUACUUGCCUUCAUCUCCGACCAGCGCCCAGAAGUCAAAGCGGAUAACACUGUUGUUGGCGACUUCAGUCAUCCUGGCAGCAAUGCUGCUGCACCUGCAGCAUGUAGGCUGUUUGGAUGAGGAAACCCCGAAUUCACCGGGUCUGCUGAAAUCGUGGAGACUGGGCUUUACAGCACCAGCCGAAAGCGAUACUUCAGGAGAUUCCGUAGGCAUGGUCACGCUUUUCGUGGCCGGUGUCCUAACCAAGAGCAUCUCGCGCCUGCUAUCCUCUGAGCAAUUACUUUGGGUGACGGCUCUGUAG